CCAAAUGUCGCAGGCCGCUGCCGAAGAUGCUGGUGGUGUCAAGCCACCCGUCACGUUACUGUUAUCUUUGAACCCAACGCGCAUCCGAAUUCCUCUGAUGGUUCAUUAUAAAUGGCUUCCAUUGUAGUUUCGUUUGCGGCUUCAUUUCUCGCUACUUCCUCUGCCUUUUCUUCUUCUUCAUUGUUUCUCUCCUUUAGGCUCAGUUCUGCUUCUUCGUCGCGCCUUUGUUCCCCUGUUCGGCCUCUGUGUUAUCCAACAAGGAGGUUCAUGGCUCACACUUUCGUUCGUGCCAGUCUUGGCCUAACUCAGCCUUCCAAUAUCGAAACCCCCAAGAUCUCUUUUACUGCUAAGGAGAUUGAUGUCACAGAAUGGAAAGGGGACAUACUUGCAGUAGGUGUUACGGAGAAAGACAUGGUAAAAGAUGAGAACGCAAAGUUCAAGAAUCUGAUUCUGAAGUGCCUUGACUCCAAGCUGGGUGGUUUAUUGGCUGAAGCUUCUUCUGAGGAGGAUUUUUCUGGAAAAGUUGGCCAAUCAACAGUUCUUAGGGUACCGGGACUUGGAUUCAAGAGGGUUGGCUUGAUUGGACUUGGACAGUCAGCUUCAACUACAUCUGCUUUUAAGAGUUUUGGUGAGGCUGUUACAACAGCUGCAAAGUCUGCUCAAGCAAAUGAUGUUGCCAUUGUUCUUGCUUCAUCUGAAGGACUUUCUACGGAAUCAAAGCUUAAAACUGCUUCUGCAAUAGCAUGUGGGACUGCACUGGGAAUACAUGAAGAUAACAGGUACAAGUCAGAAUCCAAGAAAACAGCUCUUAGAUCAGUUGACAUUCUUGGUCUCGGAGCAGGACCUGAAUUGGAAAAGAAACUUAAGUAUGCUGAAGAUGUUUCUGCUGGAAUAAUUUUUGGAAAGGAACUUGUAAACUCUCCAGCCAAUGUGGUCACACCAGGGGUAUUGGCAGAAGAAGCGUCGAAGAUUGCUUCCACAUAUGGUGAUGUUCUGACAGCUAAAAUAUUGAAUGUUGAGCAAUGCAAGGAAUUGAAAAUGGGAUCUUUUCUCGGCGUUGCUGCAGCGUCAGCAAAUCCUCCUCAUUUUAUCCAUCUUUGUUAUAAACCUCCCAGCGGACCUGUCAAUGCCAAGUUGGCAUUAGUUGGAAAAGGUUUGACAUUUGACAGUGGUGGCUACAACAUCAAAACUGGACCAGGCUGUUUAAUUGAGCUCAUGAAAUUUGACAUGGGCGGUUCAGCUGCAGUUUUAGGUGCUGCAAAAGCGCUUGGUCAAAUCAAGCCUCUUGGAGUGGAGGUUCAUUUUAUUGUUGCAGCUUGUGAGAAUAUGAUAAGUGGAACAGGAAUGCGACCUGGAGACAUUGUCACAGCUUCAAAUGGAAAGACUAUAGAGGUUAACAACACAGAUGCUGAGGGUAGGCUUACCCUGGCAGAUGCUCUGGUAUAUGCUUGUAACCAAGGUGUUGAAAAGAUAGUUGACCUGGCAACCUUAACUGGGGCCUGCAUAGUUGCUCUUGGACCUUCAAUUGCAGGCGUGUUUACACCCAGUGAUGACCUGGCAAAAGAAGUAUUGGAAGCUGCCGAGGCAGGCGGAGAAAAGCUAUGGAGGAUGCCAAUGGAGGAAAGUUACUGGGAAUCAAUGAAAUCAGGAGUGGCUGAUAUGGUGAACACUGGUGCUAGACAAGGCGGCGCUAUAACUGCUGCUCUAUUUUUGAAACAGUUUGUUGAUGAGAAGGUUCAAUGGUUACACAUUGACUUGGCUGGUCCAGUGUGGAGUGACAAUAAGAAGUCUGCAACGGGAUUCGGCGUUGCCACGUUGGUGGAAUGGGUUUUGAAACACUCCUCUUAGAUAGAUGUAAGCUGAGGUUUCUGGUUUUGAAAGAAAGAAAUAUGAUUGAAAAAUGCCAUAUUAAGAGAUUUCUGGUUCAAUGGCGGUGGCUUUGUUCUAUGAUAGUAUGAUUAAAUAAAUCAUCAUUAGUAAGUGGUGAGCUGAGUGGCUUGGUUUUUCAAAGCUUGUCUUCAAUGUUAAUCAUACUUGUUGAUCUUUAGCUGAAAGAGUAGUUUGCCUCUCUUGAUGUUAAUUGUGCA